AAUAAAGUGAGCACAUGUGUAUCAGCAGAAACCGUAUGUGUGCAUUCGAAUCACCGAACCUGGAAUUUUUCGGCCGGGAAACUCAGCAUUUUAUACUCCCUUUCCACCUCAGCUGGGACUGCUUACUACAAAACAUUUGAUACGAAAGGUACAUAGACUGUACUGGGUCAAAAUAUUUCCAGGGACUAACUGGGUGGUGCAUCAAAGGGCGAUGGCACCAAUGCAAAGUAAAUCCACAACACAAUCCACCGAUUCCUCUUCACCAUUACCCAUCACCUCCUGCAAUUGUCCAGAAAGAAUGAAAGAAGGUAGCAUUCUCUAUAGCCUACUGUCCUCGACUGCACACGAGCCCAUUGCCAUGGAAAGUGAAGACAGUGGUAGCCCCACCAAUCGCUUGACCACCACUACCACCACCACGUCAACACCCACCGAGAGAAGGUAUCCCACCAACGGCGUAACGUCCGUCUCACAAGUUGUCAACCAGGCGCUGUGGCGGCGUGGCAGCAACCCCUUCAUCCCACCGACCAUCAUCAUGCUGAAACACCAAGAAAGUAUAUGUCAACAGGCUGCGCAACUUCUCCUCAAGACGGUAGACUUUGUAAGGAAUUUACCCUCCACCCAGCGGCUGUGCCCACAUGAUCGCACCACCCUUUUCCAGCACUGCUGGGCGGAACUCCUUGUACUGAUGAUGACACAGUACAAAUUCCACUUUGAAACUGAGGAGAUAGACUUUAGUUUUGGUGUUGACAACGAUGGUGACCAACAGACGUGCCACCAUUGUCAUGGGCACACAAGCGAAAAUAUGCUUCUGCGGUGCUUGGUUGCACUUCAAGGGAUCCCAACGCAAUCGGACAUUCACAUGAUGGAGUGUUUCUUCAGUAAAUGUGAAUUGAUGGGAUUGGACGAUAAGGAGUAUGCUUACCUGAAAAUGACGAUUCUCUUCAAUCCAGGUGAGUGAUAUUACAGCUCAUAAUAAUGCUAUUUGGAUUGCAAAACUUU